AUAUCCACUUUCCUUUUUUUUCAAUUCAAGUCAUCCCCCAGUUACUGUCAGCUUCCCCCUCCCCUUACCUUCCUAUCCAUCCCUACCUUACUCCCACCUACUUGUCGCCUCUUCCCGGCACGCAGAUGCUAGCAAGACCGGCAUUCGCAACGUUUUGAAUUCACAUCGGAGAAAGAGGGGUUAACAAGAGCAGAUACAGUAUUUGUGAUCUCCCCCAACUUGACCUACAGCAAGAAGACAAAGCAGAAUAAAAAUCAUCCUUUGGAAUCUAUAAUCACACUUGACUGCAAGAGCCUUCUGUAACAAACAACCUCAUUUAUAUUACGACUGCCGCCACCGCUCACAUUUAACGGACACGUUGACACAACAGUGAGGAGCCAGGGCUUCAUAUAAAUGGCUGACAAGCAGAUCAGUUUGCCUGCCAAAUUGAUCAAUGGGGGUGUCGCUGGGCUAAUUGGAGUCACUUGCGUGUUUCCCAUCGACUUGGCCAAGACGCGCUUGCAAAACCAGCAAAAUGGAUCUCGCCUUUACACCAGCAUGUCAGACUGCCUUAUCAAGACCAUCCGGUCAGAGGGCUACUUUGGGAUGUACAGAGGAGCGGCGGUGAACUUGACACUUGUCACACCGGAAAAAGCCAUCAAAUUGGCUGCCAAUGACUUCUUCAGGCAUCACCUCUCCAAGGAUGGAAAGCUCACCUUGCUCAAAGAGAUGCUGGCUGGGUGCGGCGCAGGCACUUGCCAGGUUAUUGUCACCACUCCUAUGGAGAUGUUGAAAAUUCAGCUCCAAGAUGCUGGACGUAUUGCGGCGCAGAGGAAGCUGAUGCCGGAGUUGGUGCCAGCUGGCACCGUGGAACCCAAGUCGCCAACUGCAAUGCAGCUCACCAGACAAUUACUGAGGGAAAAGGGAAUUGCUGGAUUAUACAAGGGCCUUGGCGCCACGUUGCUCAGGGACGUUCCAUUCUCCAUCAUCUACUUCCCUCUUUUUGCUAACCUGAAUAACUUUGGAAAGCGGGGUGCAGAAGGAACCGCUCCUUUUUACGUGUCCUUCAUAUCGGGCUGCUUAGCAGGGAGCACGGCGGCCGUUGCGGUCAACCCGGUCGACGUCAUAAAGACAAGACUUCAGUCUUUGAACCGGGCCAGCACUGAGGACACAUACAGCGGAGUCACUGACUGCAUCAGGAAAAUCUUGCGGAAUGAAGGCCCGUCAGCCUUUCUAAAGGGGGCCUACUGUCGAGCCUUGGUGAUUGCCCCUCUCUUUGGCAUCGCCCAGGUGGUCUACUUCUUGGGCGUGGGCGAGUUUAUCCUCAGCUUCUUGCCGAAAAGGGACAACUAGGAAGCACAUCCUUGUCUGCCUUUCCUACCCAGAUCGCAUCACACCUCCACCUGCGUGAGGAGUCAUCUCAUUCUUACAGACCUAUCUGUUUAUAUUUUUAAUGACGUGUGCUGCAUUUUAUGCGUUUCAAAUUUGUUGUCUUGAAUGUCCGAAUCAUGCAGGAGGGAGCCUCUGUUUGCUGCCUGCGCCGGCGCAUAUCAACCCUGAUAUCAAGCCACAAGCGUCAGCUUGAGUUUGAGUGAAUUUGUAAUGACAAAAUAUGUCGUUUUAUAUUAUGAUUCUUGAAAUUUCCAGGGAGGCUGACUGCCCUUGGUUGCUGCAGUUUUGCAAGCUCCUCCUUACGGGAUUAUUUAAAACGGCACUCCGCUUCAAAUCAAAUAGACUAGUCAUACAAGAAAAAUAGAAUACUGCACCUACCAUUAACUAUGAGCACAUAUAUGGAGAUUUUUACGAACAAUGCUAUUCAGGAUAUUCCCCAAUGCUGAAAAAUGUAAAGGGAACACUAGGUCAAUGAAAUAUCCAUCCAUCCAUUUUAAACACCGCUCAUCCCGAAUAGGGUUGCGGGAUCCUAUCCCUGCUGACUUCGGGCGAAAGGCGGACCUGAACUGGUCGCCAGUCAGUUGCAGGACACGUAUAGAGACAAACAACCAUUCACACCCACAUUCACACCGUCACUGAGUGGGAAUCGAUCCCACGCUAGUUCUUUGACAACAAAAUAGCAUGAUAAACUGUUAUUGGAAACUCAAAUCGCGGCCCGGUAGUCCAGUGAUUAGCACGUCGGCUUCACAGUGCAGAGGUACCGGGUUCGAUUCCAGCUCCGGCCUCCCUGUGUGGAGUUUGCAUGUUCUCCCCGGGCCUGUGUGGGUUUUCUCCGGGUGUUCCGGUUUCCUCCCACAUUCCAAAAACAUGCAUGGCAGGCUGAUUGGAUGCUCUAAAUUGUCCCUAGGUGUGAGUGUGAGCGUGGAUGGUUGUUCGUCUCUGUGUGCCCUGCGAUUGGCUGGCAACUGAUUCAGGGUGUUCCCCGCCUACUGCCCGAAGAUGGCUGGGAUAGGCUCCAGCACCCCCCGCGAACCUAGUGAGGAUCAAGCGGUUCGGAAAAUGGAUGGAUGGAUGGAUGGAUGGAAACUCAAAUCACAAUCAAAUGUAAAAACUUUAGGGGUUCCCAAACUUUUUGGACUUUUUGGAAGUGAUUCUCAAUCGUUAUGGCUAUCAGGUUGGUAUCCCUUAUGUGGGAUAAGAAUGUGUUCCCUUUAUCAUUUUUUAAAGCAGUGUAGUUCAGGGAAAGUGUCCAGCACACAUGACAAGCCCCAACCCUUAAACCAUAAGAAAACUUUCAUUACCACAGUUUUACGUUUUUGUAAAGAAGAUCAGAUUCCAUCCAAUACGUCCACAGUAACUCUACUGUUCACCUUGUCACAAAGCUCCUUUUGUGUUGUGUAGUUUGAGCAGAGAGUGUGCACUGCACAGCCCCCACGCACAAUCCCGGAUUCGCAUUGCUUUAAGAAAGGUGGGAAGUUGAAAACUAAGAGGGGUCUAAGUAACUCUGGUAUCAUGAGAAUAUAUUGGCUUCGUGUGUAAACGGUACGGUCGCUUAUUGUGGAAAGCAGAUUUUAAAUGAUUGUUUACAGAAUCGUUCAGUGGAUGUUUUCUGAACUUGAAUGAACUGGCAGGGCCCAGAGAGCCUGCGACAAACUUUUAUCAUGAAAUCCAAAAUCAACACCAAUGUUUGUUUUGUUUACCAAACCAACUUGUAUAUGUUCUUGUUUGCUUUAAGCUGCGAGGGGAAAGCAGCCCUCUAAUAUGUCAAUGUUUGCAUCGCAUCCGCAAAGCCCUGCCAUUGUUUUUUUUUUCUCUAACCGGGGAUCAAGGUGACUUUGACAUCUUUUUAAUCAACCACAUUCUGCUCUAGUGCCCACUGUGCUGUAUUGUUGCACUGUAGCUAUAUCUGAUGCAACUUUUUAACGUGUACUCAUCUGUGGGACUUAGAACUAUUUAUCAAUGUUCCUUUUUUUGGGUGGUAUGGCACUGUCUGUUUGUAUGUGUUGUUGACAUGUCUAUUUUUGAAUGAUUAUAUUGUGCAUAUGCAGAUGGCAUGAAGUCUGUGCUUUCGGAUGUGUUGUUUGUUUUGUACAUGAUGGCUUAUUUGCACACCUACCUCUCCCGCCCUUAUCCAUCGUGUAGUGAUAUGAUGAAGGAAUUCAACAAGCAUAAUUUUUGCUUACACACAGCAUGCCAAUAGGGGUAUGCAAUCGGGAACACGCGUGCUUGGAGGUGUAAGACCUUAGCUCUAGCUGCUUAAGCAUCAUUUCAAUAACCAUCUCAAAGUUACGUUAGUCCACUCUUUGUCCGCACGAGUCAUUUGAGAGUUUGAUAAUCUACUAGUGCACCGAAUUGUCCAUAAUACUACUCUGUACUUUUUCCUCACUUGUCAGACAAUUCAGCACACUGACUAGGUUACAAUGAGUGACAUUUUUUUCCGCUACUGCCUCUGACUCCUGUGUGGCAUUUCUGCACACUAGUGGAUGAUGAUGAGAGCGCACUUGUAUAGCAACUAUGUUACUUGUGUGGCAAUGAUGUGCACUAGGUGACAACUGGAUGUUACUAAUUAUAUUAGUGUGUUCUAAAAUUCUACUAGUUAACAUGCAUCACUUUACUUAUAGCACUAGUAGCAGUCAGUGUUAAGGCAAAACCUUUAACUCAUUGUAGGCAGUCCUAAAGCGAAAGCCAGAAGGCCGCACCUCCGGCCGUAAUGACUGUAACAGUUGAGCCACAGGAACAAUAGCUUGUGUAAGCUCAUCAUCAUCGUAAAUGAGUAUCACGCUUCUCUCAACAUUCCAGCUGCUGUUUUCACCUCACGUGUGCUUUUCCGGUGAUCAUGCCUAUUUUGUGCGAGUGUUGUUGAUGAUGAUUUUCUUUUUUAACCUUUCCCCCGUUUUAUUUUAUGUUAGCUUUGAUAAUGUUGGUAAGUUAUGAAGCUUUACUUAUGCCAUGAAAUAUUGCUGACCUUGUGAAUUUGGUUAUGUGAGUGCGUGUGUCCAGACAAUGUAGUGUUGUAGCUGAUGUGUAGCGGUUCUCUUUGCUUCUGUCUGUCUGUCACACUUGUGUGCCAUUUCUCUCUCCUCGUGAAGAGGAAUUGUAUUACACCAAGGGCUCUAUUUUCGUAGACAGCACAUCUGCGCUCUGGUGCUCAUGCUGGCGGAUCCAGAUAUUCCGAUCAGUGGAAGGCUCGCCGUGUGAUUUUGCUAAUUUGGCAGACAGGUCUCCUGCAAGCUGGUGUAGCAGCAAGAGUGUCUUGGAGAGCACAGUUUGGUCAGAGAAAGUCCAUCUAAAAUUUACGCUUGCUCAGACCACGUUUAACACCGGGGCCAAAUAGGCAGCUGGUCUAAUGCGAUGUAUUUAAUUGAUAAAUAUGUGCAAACACACUGAAUCAUUAUAUUGCUUUUGUUAAAUCAUUCUACUGGGCAGCCCACCUAGGACUGGGCAGUCUCCAAGUGCUGACUUCACGUCCUCCAUGUCGAGACUCCAGUGCGCUUCUAUAAUAAGGAAUGAAAGCAGCUGCUUGAUUGGCCAUAAUUGAAGUUGGCUGUGACCACUCACACAGCUCUCCCAUUUGCGCAGCCAGAUAUCUUCCUAACGGUUUUUGCUGAUUGUUUUUUUUCCUCCCACGAAAACAUUUUAAAAUUACAACAUAAGACAAAUGUUAAAACAAAAAAAUCUGCCAAUAUUUUCCUCUAUUGUAAAGGGAAACUAAGUGAAACUGAGUAUUCUCAAACAGUCAAAUGUUUUGCCUGUAUUUUAUAUCGUUAUUGUUGUAAGCUAUAAGGCACCCCCCCAAAAAAGUAAUUUUAUUCAUUAUAUAAACUUUGAAUUAAAAAACCCAAUUAAUCGGGAAUUGGAAUUUUUUUCUGCCAAAUCCCUCCAGAAAGUUCAUAUCAGCCUGGUCUUACAAAUGACCAGUCUUAGAUCUAACCCAUUCAUGUGCAGGGAUACGCAACUCGCCAUGCAGGAUUUAAAUAAAAAUAGAGCCCUAGGUGUAUGACAAUUUUGAGCGUUUGUAAAAAAAAAAAAAGCACAAAGGUGGACUAAGGCACACAAGAUCACACUUUGAUUACCGAUGGGUACAAAGGGUAUGCAUAGUAGAUACACAGAUUCCAAUGUGAAAUGUAUUUAAAUUUAUCUGAAGUGUUUCUAUAUGCCAAGUUGAGACAACAUAAAGAGGUCCAUGUGAUGGUGUGCACUAUAAGCAGUUAUCCACAGAAUAUACAGUAUAUUGCCUACAUAUUCUAAAUCAAUCAGAUAUAAGAAUGUAACUUAGAUAUUAUAAGAUGUAUUAUUUAGUGAAUAAUUUAUCGAAAGAUUUAUUGCUUUACACAUUCACCUAAAACUUACACACACAAAACCAGCUCAUUGAUAUGCAAUAAGUACAAGCAGCACACACUAGGAUGUAAACUUGUGUCGGCGUCACAGUAAUGUAUAAACAACGUGACCAGGGACCUUUGCAACAAUUUCACGGUCUGAGCCAUCCUCAUGACCUCUGUUCACUUCCUCCGAGGAGUUGUGCACACAGCACUUAAAAAACAAACAAACAAUAAUCUGCAACCCCACCAAUCCGCAAUGAGACCUCCAUAACAUAGAGGGUGUCAUCUUAAUGUGCGGUGAUUGACACACGUCCUAUGCAUUGUUUAUGAUGCCGUGGUUUUAAAACAAAGUUAUUGUGUUUCCUGUCACGAUUUGCUGUUCAAUAAACUGACUGUCCCUAAA